UUGAGGGCUUCUCAAUUCCUCCAGAACCUAUUUGUUGAACGAAUGAAUAGUUUUCAUAUAUGUGUUUUGAGAUAAGAGCCACUGAGACCCUUCUCAGAGCUGAAGGACUUGGAGAUAAUGUGGAUUUCUGUGGUAAUGUGAGUCACCCACUGGGCCACCUUGGGACGACUCUCUGAGCUUCAUUUCUCCAGCUAUGAAAUGGGGGUGGGGAUUCCUCCAGAGUUAUUCAGACCCCACAAACUUCAGAGUGAGCAGCUAUUUGGGCUUCCGCAAGCCCAAUCCUUCCAGAACUGGAGAGAGUAGACAGGAGAGUCUUGUGUGGGUUCAGGGAAUCGAAAGCAGACCUGAGAGGAACUUCUCACCAGCCAUACAGCCCCACCAGCAAAGUCCCCAGAGCUGCCGCACAGUCGCUUAGGAGGAAGUAAUACCAAGAGGCUUCCCAUCCUUGGCUAAGUGGAGCCCGUAAGCCUCAGCUUUUCCCACGGUAGGUGUGAGGUCCCAGCCCAUUUAGAAAGUAAGGCCUGUAAGGAGGGGCUGCGGACUACCUGGGAUACAGCCCACUGAGACACCCAGCAAGGUAUCCUGGACCAGUAAAUCCCCAGCACUUUCAGCCUGGCUGAAAGCGGGGCCUGGAGUUUCUUUUUAUGCCAGUCUGGAUGUGGGAUGUUGUGAGUUUGGAAACAUUUGCUGCUUGAAGUUCUAAGGGGCCAUGAGUUAGGGGUGGAGGUAGCCUUGGUGGCUGGAAAAGGGAAGGGGAUCUGGGAUGCAUUAAUAGAGGUCUAGUGUAAGGGGAAGGGGACACGAGCCUCCAUCCCCUCCACCCCCAACUUGAGCUCUCAGACCCCAGUCAGGAGCCUUAUGGGGGUUGGGAGGGUGAAGUCGCUGUAAGAUCCCUCCAUUUAAAGAAACCAGAGACCUGGCAAGAAAAAGUUGGGAAUGCAGGUAGCCAACAAAGAUUAAGUGUUUCAUAUGCAAAGGGAUCUUACAAAUAAACAAGAAAGAAAAUGCAAGGAAAAGAACAGGCGUUAAUGGAUUUAAUUAAAACCAAAUGGCCACCCCCAAGAGCUUCUAUUUCGCCCAGAGACCCUGAUCCCAGUGAUAUGACCCAUUUAGUCAUUUUACCUCUUCUCACACCUUCCCCCUCCCCAAUGUCCAGGUUUGGCUGAGUUGUAAAUAUUCCUAUUUGUUGAGGUAUCUUUCUUUGUUUUGGAGCUCUUGUUUGGCACUAAACACAUUCCCAGCCAACAGAUCCUUGGCCAUUUAGGUUUGAUUUUCUAUUUAAAUAGUAGUAAAUACUCCGUCUAAUGAGCUUAACUAAACCUAUAUCAGGCAUUUUUGUUCAGUCCCUCAUUCUCCUCUCUGGAUCCUUCCUCCUUUUGAGUUCUCUGUUCUGGUUUCUGUGUUUAUUUAGACCAGGAUUUCUCAAUCUUGAAAAUGCUGGAUCAUCUUCUGUCAUGGGGCCGUCCUGUGCCCUAUAGGAUGUUAAUUUAAGCAGCAUCUCUGGCCUCCACCUGCUCGAUGCCAUUAGCAGUCCCCUAUCUCCACCCUGCCCCAAUCAUGAUAACCAGAAAUGUCUCUAGACAUUGCCCAUUCACAGUCUCCUCUCAAGAUGAUGAUUUGCCUUUUUGGGUCUCCAAAAACCCUCCAGAUGGUGAACCACCUGCUGAGGCUGGCAGCUAACCCAGGGAUGCCAUGGAAACAAGACAGGCUCUGUGCCACCCGCAGACAGGGUCCCCAGCUGCUCGGCCUCCACCAGCUCAUUCCCACCUCAGGGUUUUUGCACCUGCUGUUCCCUCCCUGGGGAUCUUUCCCUCAGACCCUCAGCCAUGAUGGCUCCUCUCUGCCAUUCACAUCGCAGCUUAAGUGUCAUCCAGACCUCAAAAUCCAUACCCGCCACCCAACCUCGUUUCCUCCCGUGGCAUUCAUCCCCUUGUAUCUCUUCACCGAGGUUUUUAUUUAGUGUUUGUUCCCCCUCAAGCAUGUGGGUCCCAGAGUGGCAGAGACAUUGAGGUAUCCCGUGCCUGUUCACCACUGUGUACCCGCUCCCGGGAGGUGCCUGGCACACAGGAGAAGCACAGUAAAUAUUGGCUCGAAUGAAUGAAUGUAUAAAUUCAUUCUGAGAGUCAAUAUAUAUAUAUUUUGGCCACGCCAUGCAACUUCCGGGAUCUUAGUUCCCCGACCAGGGAUCGAACCCGUGCCCCCUGCAAUGGAAGCACGGAGUCCUAACCACCAGACCUCCAGGGAAGUCCCAAGAGUCAAUAUUUUUUCAGAUGCUGUGGCAUCCCAGCAUUCGUUUGUUCAUUCAUUCAUUCAACACACAUUUACUGAGCGCCUACUCCGCACCAAGCACAGUUCUAGGGGCUGGGGAUAAAAUGAUGAAUAAGACUUAUUGCAUGGAGCCUGUAUUCUGGUGAGGAAGAUAGAUGAGAAGCAGUACAUUUUUUAAGGUUUUUAAAAUUUAUUUAUUUAUUUAUUUUUGGCUGCGUUGAGUCUUCGUUGCUGCGCGCGGGCUUUCUCUAGUUGCGGCGAGCGGGGGCUACUCUUUGCUGCGGUGUGCCGGCUUCUCACUGCGGUGGCUUCUCUUAUUGUGGAGCACGGGCUCUAGGCGCGCGGGCUUCAGUAGUUGUGGCACACAGGCUCAGUACUUGUGGCUCGUGGGCUCUAGAGCGCAGGCUCAGUGGUUGUGGCACACGGGCUUAGUUGUUCUGCAGCAUGUGGGAUCUCCCCAGACCAAGGCUCGAACCCGUGUCCCCUGCACAGGCAGGUGGGUUCCUAACCACUGUGCCACCAGGGAAGCCCCAGUUUUUAAGUUUUUAUUUUAGGAGGUGAAAAGUGCUGUGGAAGAAAGAAAAAGUAGGCUAGGGUGGGGGAUCAGGGCUGCCAGUGCGAUGGUGUGUCCUGAGGAGGUGUUCCUGAGAAGAGGACAUUUGAGCAAAGACAAGAAGGAGGGGGAGGAGGGAGUUGUAUAGAAAUCUGGAGAAAUCAGGCAGAGGAAACAACCUGUGCAAAGGUCCUGAGGCAGGACCGUGCUCAGCAUGUUUGAGGUUAAAAUCCCAACCACACUUUUACAUAGGGUUAAUUCCCAUUUUACUUUGAAGCUCAGAGAGGUCAAGCUUCUUUCCCAAGGUCACACAGCAGAACCUGUGGAGUGGGAUCUGAUCCCCAUUUUGGGGAGACACCUGGCUGGAGAGACCUUGGCCAGGCAGUGUGCAAAGACAGUGAUGGGCACAUUGGGGAAAUGGCCUCAUGGAUCAGGGAAGGAGCCUCUGUCCCCAGCACCAGCACCCAUUUGUGGCUCUAGAUAAAAUGGGAAACUACUCUCUUCUUGCUCCCAGGCAAUUGCUGGGUGGGGUUGCUUGGAGCUCGAGGGGCCUAAUAGAAUCCACUGACUACCCCACAGUGUUUCAGGUACCAGAGGGGAGAGCGAGGAGACCCCAGACGAGCACAGACAUCCUGAGGCAAUCUUAGACACUCUCUGCUUCCCCCAUGUGUUUGCCUCAUGCUGGGCAACGCCAGGACCCUCAAGAAGCCCCCAGUCUUGGGACAUAAAAGUUAGAGAUCAUGAUGAAACCGUACACCUCAGAUUGGGACUUGAAACCACGUGCUGGGACUCGAACCCAGCCUAAACACAGGCUGACACUUGGACUCGAACCUGGCCAAAACCCACAGUCUUCCUACUGAGAUCACACACCAUAUCAGGAGCUGCCCAGGGGUCUCUUUGGACCAAUCCCAAACUCAGGCGGACCAGAAUGAGGUGUUCUCGGCACCUGUGGACAGAGUUGGGCCUGGCUGUGGCUCUGGGCACCUUCACCCUCCUCCUUCUCUCAAUCUGCCGGUCACCACCCACCUGCCCAGGCCUGAAGGAGCCACCGGGCACCCCCGUGGCUCUGGUCUGGCCCUCGCCACCCUCCCGCCCACCGCCCGCCCCCUGCCUGGCCAACUCCUCCAUGGCUGCCCUGCCGGACUUCGCCAGGCAGCCGCAGCACAUCCGCAACUUCCUGCUGUACGAACACCGCCGCGACAUCGUGCUGCUCCAGGACGUGCCGCCUGACAAGUGCGUGCAGCCAGUCUUUCUGCUGCUGGUGAUCAAGUCCUCGCCCAGCAAUUACGAGCACCGGGAGCUGGUGUGACUCAGGUGGGGCCGUGAGCGCCAGGUGCACGGCGUCCAGCUGCGCUGCCUCUUCCUCGUGGGCACGGACCCCAACCCGCCGGAGACACGCAAGGUCAACCGGCUGUAGGCCAUGGAGGCGCGGAUGCACGGUGACAUCCUGCAGUGGGAUUUCUACGACUCAUUCUUCAACCUCACGCUCAAACAGGUGCUCUUCCUACAGUGGCAGAAGACACGGUGACAUGCCAGUUUUAUGCUCAACUGGGAUGAUGACGUCUUUGCCCACCCAGACAACGUGGUCACCUACCUUCAGGGCGACAACCCUGACCACCACCUCUCUGUGGGGCAGUUGACCCACAGUGUGUGCCCCGUCUGCCUUCCCUGGAGCAAGUACUAUGUGCCAAAGGUGGUGACAGAGGAGGAACACUACCCGCCCUACUGCAGGGGUGGUGGCUUCCUACUGUCCCGCUUCACAGCCACCGCCCUGUGCCACACACCUGCCCUGGACCUCUUCCCCAUUGAUGAUGUCUUCCUGGGCAUGUGCCAAAAGCAGGAGGGCUCACACAGUGGUAUCCUCACGGCCGGUGUUCAGGCCCCCUCCAGCCGCCUGUCCUCCUUCGACCCCUGCUUCUACCGAGAGCUGCCGCUGGUGCACCGCUUCCUGCCCUACGAGAUGCUGCUCAUGUGGGACGUGCUGAACCAGCCCAACCUCACCUGUGACAAGCGGACACAGAUCUACACAGAGGUGGAGUCAGGGCCCCCAGCCUCGAGGCUACUGUCUCCAUCCCCAUAGAAAGGGCAGCAGCUUCCUCCCCGGAAGCUGAGACCUUUGUCCUCCUAAGUGGGAAGGACCUAGGAGAGUACCAGGGAGGUUGGAUGAGUCUGGCUGGUGAAUUCCUACACAUCCUUCAAAACUCACCUAGUACUGCCUAGACCGUGUUCCAUCAUCCUCCCUAGACUCUCAGCUGGAAGGACCAUCUCUUUCCAUGUCAGCUAAUGGCAGAAGCACUUCUGCUAGGGCCCCAGCUGCUGCUGCUGCAUCCAUCCCUUUUCCAUGUCCCACUUCCUAGCCCUGACCUUGAUCAUGGGCUAAAGCCUAAGCAGUGACCAGCCUCUCCUUGGUUGUGAACCUGCGACGGUGGGUGAAUUCCUGCAAUGGUUCAAGGCCAAUUGAGGACACCUGGGUCCACAUGCAGCCGAAGCAAGAAGGAUUUUUCAGCUGGGAAGAGGGUUUCUUUUCUCCACCCCUCCCUGGAUCUUGGACCCCUCAGAUGGUGGGAGGGGCCAGAGAGUCUGGGAAUGGGACCGCCCCCUCCCUGCUUGUGGCUUCAAGUGCUCUAAUGCUGGAAACAUUGGGCAGAGGAGGGAGGGAGCUAUCUCAGGCUAUGGGAGCUCAGAGUUUCUGGAGUCCCUGACAGGACCCAGCCCCACACUGGUGCUCCCCAACAAUACAGGAGAGAGUAUUGGGGCAAGAGGGGUCUUCCCUGGGCCCAAGGCCAGCACACACACCUUAGUGCCCAGAGAAGGGGGAUAUUCAGGUCCUUGGGAAUCCCUAAGUUCUCAGGACCCAGGACUGGCCCCCGCCCCUGUGUGUCUCUCAGACUGGGGAGAUCCAAGUGAACUGGUGACCCCCCCAGCCCUGCCACCCUCGGACAGGUGUCUGAGACAGGCUUCACAGGGAUUGGGGCAGUGGCAAAGGGGGCUUCACACAGCAGAGUGAGGACUGGAGACCAGGUCCUCAGGGAAUAAAAUGUUUUGCAAAGA